CAAGGUGUUCUUCAGCAAGUUCCGUGCACUACUCUUCGACCGGGCGAGAGUGUAGCCUGUGUUCUUUGGUACCGUGGCAACAGUGACAUCGACCCUCGAAAAGAAAGACUGAUUGGGCAGAACGACAAUAGGGCAAACCAGAAGUAUGCUCUGACGUCAUACAACGGACUGAUCAUUAAAGACGUCACCAAACAGGACGAGGGGAAUUAUGUCUGCAUUGUUGUUCUUCACGAAGCGAUCAACAGAUAUAGCGUGGUUGAAGUACAUGUUAUAGAAGGCGUGUUUCAAGCCGUAGAAGCUGACCUCAUAACUACGUCUAGCUUGGCUCAAUCUUUACGUCACAGGAUACCAUGCCGGUGUGGUAUGACGUCAUCUUCAACAGUGUACUGGUCACAGGGAACCGGUGUUACGAGUGGAACUGAUAUUCUCGGUGCAAGGUUCCCCGGUGGAACUGUACUUCAGUUCCAAGGUCGAGUUGGUAUCGGUGUAGCUUCGACCGGUUCGCUAAUACUCAACUCUCUUCAAAACACCCGAGAAACUGCGAGGUUUUGGUGUCACGUUUUCGAGCUGGACGGGUCUUUGAGGAAUUGUUACGUCGACGCAAAGAUAAAAAAAGCAAGAUCAAAGAAAACCAACAAUGUCUUUAACAUGUGUUUCUUUCUCAAUGUAGAUGAUAAAAAAACGUCAAACAAUGCCCUUCAAGCUUCAACAGAUUCCUUCUACGUUCUUAAAGGUGAAGAUCAAACACUGCCGUGUACCGAUGGACCAAUUAGCGAGCAGACAUGCGUGGUACAGUGGUUUAAAGAUGCCUCAUCAGCCAUAGAACUUCUUGUGAACUAUACCGCCUUGAAUGACGUCACGUAUGACGAUGCGGGUUUUGGUCUCGGUAGUGAUUUUGCUCUUGUAAUAAAAUCUGCAGAUGAAGAAAAUGGCGGGAUAUACAUCUGCAAGAUGAAGUCUGGUUUCCGGCGUAUGGAGGUCCGAGUUAUUGGUGAUACAUUUCCACUUGACAAGGGCUACAUUUCAAGAGUUGAAGAAAUAACUUUUGAGACUGGGCAGAAUUACACGCUAGAAUGUACGGUUGGUUUGAACACCACAACAAGCAGAACAGCAUUUUGGUCAUUCGGCCAAAAAGAUGCAAUAAACACCACCGUUAUCGGAACAUUCAAAUCCCCGGAUAGUUUGGUGAACGCAGAGAGCAUUGGAAGGAACAGCUGUUAUAGUAUCACCGUUGAUGGCGCUCUACUGCUGACCGGCUGCCUGAUUGAUAGUGACGUCAGAUACUGGUGUCACGUGUUCCUAGACGGUGUACUGUACCGAUACUAUGUGGAUUUGGUCGUCGUACAAGAUAAUUCGUCGAAGUCUUUCUUGGGUCCCUUCUGGAUAAUAAUCCCCAUUAUCGCAAUUGUCAUCAUCGUGUGUUUAGUGACUGUGCUCUGCUGGAAAUCCCGAGUAGUCAAACCGUAUUGCUCCAGUUACGUCAUGGUUGAUGUCGAAGAUUCUGACGCAGAGCUGAUUAGAGAAGUCAAGGACAAAGUAAUGGUGAGGGUUGCAAGAGUUCCAAUAACGCCUUGGGCUACAGACGACACCCCAUCAUGCUACAAACCAAUGGUAGACGUCUACAUACCACCCCAAUUGUUCAUCAAACACAAAGCAGCCGAGCACACCAUACGGUUUCAGUUAGAAUCAGACGACCAACUCUUUGACGAUGGUAUCUCACAGUUAAAAAGUAAGCAUGUUAUCCUUGAGGGUAGGGCAGGGAGCGGGAAAACCACUCUCUUGCACAAGAUUGCGUUUGAAAUGUGCAUUGGGAAAGCCGAAGCAUUGGAGAGACAGGUUAGGUUGGUGCUGGUCUUAUCAGCUAGGGUACUCCUUCAACAUGGAAAUCUUGGUGACGCAGUCUUUCAACAGUUAGGUCAACCAAAACACACAAAGAUAUCGCCAAGUUCUAUCAAUUCAUUUUGCAAAAGACACACCUUGGAUGUGGCGAUUCUUGUUGAUGACUGCGAGGAAGUUGGACAAGUCUUGGAGUUUAUCCGAAUGCAAGGUCUGUUUGGUGCUUACGUCGUUUUGGCAACAAGACAAAUACGGGAUGCAGAUUUUAGAUCUGAGUUUGAUUGCCGUUAUGUCACAGUCUCUGGCUUCACACCGACGAGUUCUCGAAGGUUCAUCAAAUGUGUUCUUGACAACAGCAAGAGGAGCGAAGAACUUGUCGGGUAUCUUGACGAUCAUAUUUUACCUCCCUAUGUUGAGUCUCUUCCAUUGAACCUUACGGCUCUGUGUCAGCUAUCUUUGUGGACAGACGGUGAAGUUUUCAGACGUCGCCUUAAAACAAGCGAGUUGUUUUGUAAACUGGUAAAGUGUUUGUUUGAUGGUGCUGCGUACAGGACAAAACAACAGGGCGAUGGUAGUGGUCAAACCAUGGAAUGCCAUCAACCUACUCAAGAUCAACACGGCGAUGGCAGUGGCCAAACCAUGAAAGGCCAUCAACCAACUCGAGAUCAACAGGGCGAUGGUAGUGGGCAAACCAACGCAGGCCAUCAACCAACUCGAGAUCAACAGGGCGAUGUGAGUGGUCAAACCAACGAAAGCCAUCAACUAAGCCAACAUCAACAGAAAAUGCUGGUUAAUUUGGGAAAGAUAGUAAUACCAAGGGUUUUACAGAAUCAUGGCCUAUUUUGUGAGCUGUCCCGAAAAGAUGUUGAUCAGUUUGUUGAAAGCACGAAUUGUGCCUUUGACGAGGGUGUUAGAGUUGGGCUUCUCCGUGAGCGAGUUGGAGGUUCUGCAUCUCAAACAGAACGAACGGCUUACUUUGUCCUAGAGAUUCUCCAAGAUCUCUCUGUCGGCAUCAGUUUGACCCAAACCGGUAAAAGUCUGUCUUCCUAUUUGGAAGAAAUGAUGCCUUUUGAAACGACAUUUGCCAAAGCGUUCCUGUUUGCUGGUUUGCCAAGUCAUAAUGCUUAUCCUUCCAUAAAGGGCGUAAUAGAAAAGACACUUGUAGAUAUUACAAGCAAACUGAAAAAGCUGAAACCAGUGUUUGGACAGUCCUUAGCUCCAAUUGAUCAGAAUACGUUUUUGAAACUAAAACAAAGAUACAUGCAGAUGAUUGAAAUGUAUCUCCAACUCCAACAUGAAUCAGGAGGUGGAGUGAGCUUACCGAUCAAGGUCAGAUUAUUGUCAGUAGGGAGUUCCCCUAAACGCAAAGGCAAGAUUCGCUUAAUAGGGGUCUCAAGUCAUAAGUUACAGUUGCUUUCGUACUCUCUCACACACCUGCACCUGCAGACAAAAUCGAAGAUCAAGUCCAUCAAGUUGCUUCGAUUUGGCAAACACCCGUCGAAAGAGCUGAGGAAGUAUCUGGGGGAUUUUCUUCCAUACGUGUUUGAAGACACUGAUAAAGAAACGUCCAAACUUGAUGAGACAGAAUUGGUUAAUGUAACGCUGAGUUUGUUGUUGGAAAGGUUUGAAUCUAACCUAAGGGAUGAGGUUGAUGGGAGUUCAUCUAACCUUGACCUAGACACCGGUGUCAUUCUUGCCAUGCAGUCUCCAUUUCUACGAGACGCCAUGCUGUCGCAAUCAGGUGAAUGUUGCUUGUCAACACCUGCUAGAGACUUUGGCCAUUGUCUCCUCAAGCUGACGAAUUUGGAGGAGAUUGUCUUGAUUGGGUCGAUUCUAGACUCAAAGACCAUCUGCGAGAUGGCGAGAAACCUGAAGAAUUUCAAUCAGUUGAAGAUGCUAGAUCUUCGUCUGAACAAGGAGAUUGACGACUCUGCUUUCAUUGGGGUCACACAAUCAGUCUCUUCUUGCAGAAGCCUGGUUGAUCUUAGACUAUCUCUGUACGAGGUAACUCUGCAAGGGUACGAUGAAGUCACGCGAUGUCUUGAAAACGAUGAAAAUGGUUGGAAGAGAUUGAAGAAACUGUUUCUGCUUCACGGUAAUCCUACAGAAAGGUUUGUGGUAUUUCUAUCCGGAGUCAUGAGGUACCUGAAGAAUAUCAAUAAAUUCAACAUCGCAGCACUCAACUCGUCUGAGGAGUUGUCACAUGAAGCUAUUGCCGGUUUUGAAAGUGCUUUCAAGUCGAUGAAGAUCGGUCAGAAAAACAUAGAGAUUGAGAACAUGGAAGAUUUGACGGCUAAAAUAAAACCGGCUUCCAAGGAUCAGAAGCAACAAGCUAGGAGUAUCGAGCCGGCCAUGGAGAGCGAAACAUGCGGUGUAUCUGAAACCUCUCUAUCAACAUAUGAAGUGUUCGAGCAUCUUGAACUACCCCAAAACAACCAAGAUGAGGGUAGCACAGAAGAGCUAGAGAGUGGAGUCUAG